GCCUCUCACAGGAUGGAAAUUCCUGGUGUCCACUGGGAGGGCGCGUGUGUGAAAGGCGCAUUGAUGCAGCCGGAGUAUUAGCGGCUGCUGAGCGCGCAGGGGCUAGACACUGACCAAUUCAGCAGACUGCCACCCCUUCUUCCUAGCCCGCCAGAGUUCAGCCGCUCACUCGGCGUGACCAUGCGCUCCUCCGACCGGGCUGCUGCCUCUGCUUCUUCCCGGCUGCACCUCUGUCUCCUGCAGCUCCUGUUGCUGCUGCUUUGGCCCGCGCCUUUGGGCUGCAUGGAUAACCCCAAAGGAAAGCAGAAGUCGCAGCUCCGUCCCAGGGAGGUGGUGGACCUGUAUAAUGGAAUGUGCCUACAAGGACCUGCUGGGGUGCCAGGCAGAGAUGGAAACCCUGGAGCCAAUGGCAUCCCAGGUACUCCUGGAAUCCCAGGUCGGGAUGGAUUCAAAGGUGAAAAGGGUGAAUGUCUGAGAGAAACCUUUGAAGAGACCUGGUCACCCAACUAUAAACAGUGUUCAUGGAGUGCACUUAACUAUGGCAUAGAUCUCGGAAAAAUUGCAGAAUGCACAUUCACAAAGAUGCGCUCCAAUAGCGCUCUCAGGGUGCUUUUCAGUGGAUCCCUUCGGCUGAAAUGCAAAAGUGCCUGCUGUCAGCGGUGGUAUUUUACAUUCAAUGGGGCUGAAUGCUCUGGACCACUUCCCAUUGAGGCUAUAAUUUAUUUGGACCAAGGAAGCCCAGAGAUGAAUUCAACUAUUAAUAUUCAUCGAACUUCUUCAGUGGAAGGCCUGUGUGAAGGAAUCAGUGCUGGGUUAGUGGAUGUCGCUGUCUGGGUUGGUACUUGUGCAGAUUACCCCAAAGGAGAUGCUUCAACUGGAUGGAAUUCAGUGUCCCGAAUCAUCAUUGAAGAACUCCCAAAAUGAAUCUUGCUAAGUCCUCAUUCCCUACCUCCUGUUGUUACUUUUCAAACAGUUUAUUUAAAAAAAAAAACAUUUUGUCUCAGAUACUUCCUAGCUAUGUGACCCUGGGCAAGUCACUUAACCCCCAUUGCCUAGCCCUUACCACUCUUCUGCCUUGGAACCAAUACACAGUAUUGACUCCACGAUGGAAAGUAAGGGCUUAAAAAAAACAAAACCAUUUUGUACUUUUAAAAAAGUUAACUUUUUUUACAGACGUAGUACAUUAGUGCGUAUUCAGACUUUUUUUUUAAUGUCAUUUUACUGAUGUUAACGAUGGUUUGAGGAAUUUGUUGUUGGUACAAACACUCCCCCUCCAAACUCUCAUCCCCUGACCCCAUUACUAGCAGCCUGAUCUUUUGUCAGACAAGCUAUUCCUUCUCUCCUUCCCUACUUCUGUUUUGUCAAUGUAGCACCUAAACAAAUUCACAAGGGCCAUAUAAAGGUUGGAGUUGUUUAAAAUUGUAUGUUAAAUAAAACCUACAUAAAACAAA